UGUCUUUUAAGGUGGGCCAUCACUGUUGCUGCCCACCUUCUCUGGAACAUCCUCUUCAACCCUGUUGGUGUUCAGGAAGACAAUUAAGACCUGGUUGUUCCAGGAAGAUUAUGAAGACUGAAAAUAGAUUUACCCCCCACCCCUACCCUCUGACACGAUGAUUUGUCUUGUUGAGAAGACAUUCGUCAGCUGAACAGGAAUAUUGAUAUUAUGUACUUUAUGUCUUCAGGUACCAGUAUUACAGUAGAUAUUGCUGUCAUGGGAGAAGCUCAUGGACUCAUUACUGACCUUCUAGCAGAUCCUUCUUUACCACCCAACGUCUGCACCUCCCUCCGAACAGUGAGCAACCUGCUUAAUACCCAGUUGACCUUCCAAGCUAUUCAUAGACCAAGAGUCAAUGCUUUGGCAUCAUUCAAUGAAAAUUACACCUGUUCUGACACAGAGGAAUGUUCGGAGAAGGGAGAAAAGCUUACCAUUCCCAAGCGCUUCCGGAAGAGCCUGCCACCAGGUCUUGUCCGGCGAGUGUCAUCCACGUGGACAACAACUACAUCUGCCACCGGUUUGCCCACCUUGGAGCCCGCUCCAGUAAGAAGGGACCGCAGUGCUAGCAUCAAACCUCAUGAUACUUCAUCAUCCAGCUCUGAUUCAUGGAACAAUUCUCUUCUGAUGACUCUCACCAAAAGCAGAUCGUUCUCAGCUUCCUAUGCGAUGUCUGCUGCCAACCAUCUGACUUCAAAGCGGCCAAGCCGACAAGGUAUCCCCCCAAAUAUUUCACCUCUUGUCUCCCCAAGCCAUUCACCCAUCCAGGGUACACCAGUCAAUAGUCCCAUCAGCAGAACCUCAGGAGAACAAUUUCCAGAGUCAACAGCCAUGGCCACUACACAAACCAUCAAGCCCCACAGGCUCUUAGGUUGCACUCAGAGCGCCCCUAACCUAUCAGAGCCUGUGGAAGGCACCUCCGUCAUUUGCAGUAGCUGCGGCAGACCAUAUAGCCAAACAGACGCCAGAGAAGGAAUAUUGGAUAGGAAUGACAGUGCAGCACAUACCUUGAACAGGACAGAUGAUCCUGCACAGGCCACCUCUGACUACGAGACAAAUAACAGCGACAGCAGUGACAUUGUGCAGAACGAGGAUGAGACAGACUGUGCCAAGGAGCAAACACAGGCGGGCCCGCUCUGCAGGACGUAUGCCCCAGGGACAAUCAUCUUGCAUCCUUUGCUGCCCAUGGAGGACAAACCUAUCCUUGCCCCCGAGCCUCUAAUAAUGGACAAUUUGGAUCCGCUAAUGGAGCAGCUAAACAAUUGGAAUUUCCCAAUUUUUGAUUUGGUAGACAAGACUGGCAGGAAAUGUGGCCGGAUUUUAAGUCAGGUAUCCUACAGGCUCUUUGAGGACAUGGGCCUCUUUGAAACUUUUAAAAUUCCUGUGCGAGAGUUUAUGAACUAUUUCCAUGCCUUAGAGUGUGGAUAUCGAGAGAUACCUUAUCAUAACCGGAUCCAUGCCACUGAUGUCCUCCAUGCUGUCUGGUACCUUUCUUCCCAGCCCAUUCCAGGCCUCCCAACUGUGAUUAAUGACCAUGGGUCAGCCAGUGAUUCAGAUUCAGAUAGUGGGAUCACUCAUGGCCAUCUGGGAUACGUGUUGUCAAAAACAUACACGCCAACAGAUGACAGCUAUGGGUGCUUGGCUGGCAACAUCCCAUCACUUGAACUGAUGGCCCUCUAUGUAGCUGCUGCCAUGCAUGACUAUGAUCAUCCUGGGAGAACCAAUGCCUUCUUGGUAGCAACCAGUGCUCCUCAGGCUGUUCUAUAUAAUGACCGCUCUGUUCUGGAGAACCAUCACGCUGCUGCUGCAUGGAACCUUUUCAUGUCCAGGCCAGAAUAUAACUUCUUAGUCCAUCUUGAUCAUGUGGAGUUCAAGCACUUCCGAUUCCUUGUCAUUGAGGCCAUUUUGGCCACUGAUCUGAAGAAGCACUUUGAUUUUGUAGCUAAAUUCAAUGCCAAGGUGAAUGACGACGUGGGCAUUGAUUGGACAAACGAGAAUGACCGAUUAUUGGUUUGUCAGAUGUGCAUUAAACUGGCCGAUAUCAAUGGCCCAGCCAAAUGCAAAGACUUACAUCUACAGUGGACAGAGGGCAUCGUCAGUGAAUUUUAUGAACAGGGUGAUGAAGAAGCCAGCUUAGGUCUCCCCAUCAGCCCAUUCAUGGACCGUUCUGCUCCACAGUUAGCAAAACUCCAAGAAUCCUUCAUCACUCAUAUUGUGGGACCACUGUGUAACUCCUAUGACUCAGCAGGACUGAUGCCAGGUAAAUGGAUUGAGGAUAACGAUGAGUCAGGAGAUACAGAUGAGCAGGAAGAAGAUUCAGCAGACAUGGACUCCUGUGACAACCAUGAACCAAGAAAGAAAAGGAGGAAAGUUUGCUGCCAGAUAACUCAGCAUCUGCUGCAGAACCAUCAAAUGUGGAAGAAGGUAAUUGAAGAGGAGGAGAGGAGAGCUGGGAAGGACAAGCAGAGUUGCGAGCCAUCAAUGCCAUUGCACCAGUCCUCGGAACCAAUAGAGGCCAUUAAAGAGGAGGAGGAGGAAAAAGGAAAGGCCAAGGAGGAAGAAGAUAACACAGCUCCAGAGACAAACCAGUGACAGUGACAGGAAUUGCGCAGUAUUUGACGCAAGGACAUCUUGCAUACCAGUUGUUUUUACAAGCCAGCACAACGUUUAGACACAACACUGUAGAAAUACGGGGUAAUUCACCUACAGCUGUUUAAGUCUUUCUUUCUUCCUUCCUUCUUUCCAUCUUCUUUCCUUCUUUCCUUCCUUCCUUUUUUCCCUUUCUGUGAGGUACAUUGCUUUCACAGUUAAACACCCAUUUUUACAAACUUUUGUAUACAGUGGAGAAUUAUAAAUAUAUAUAAUUAUAUAAAUAUAAAUAUAUAUAUAUAUACAUAAAAUACUAGCCUGGGUUUAUAAGCUGCAUAUUUCUUUAUUUGUUUGGAUUUCUUUUUAAAAGAUGAUUAUAUGAUGCUGCCUGUGAUAUUAUUAAAAAAGAAAAGGGAGGGAUUUGAAAAAGAGAUAAUACUCAGUGAAAUGGAAAAGGCUAUACUGUCCUUGUUUUUUGUUAAAAUGGAGCAACUGACUGGGUCAGUUAAAAGUUGAUCCCAACUGCCAGCGUAGAUGUGCCUGCAGGACGUCAUGUGCACACAGAACAGGAGCACCGUAGCUCAUGGAGCCGAGGGAAGGGUGUUCUGCUUUGGAGACAGGCUGUGACCCUAGGUGUGACAUCGGAGAAGAUCAUGCGCCUCCAUUGCAGAGAAUGUGCUCUUUCUUUCUCAGCCUGGAGAACUCUCCCUUGAAGACCUUUUGCUCGUGCUUCCACACAACUCAGUAGAAUCCAGAUGGAGGUGAGCGCACAACAGCUCUGGAAAACAAGACUUCCAAUUUCUUGAACAAGCCUCUUCUGUUGCUGUUUGGUAGGUCUUGAUUAUUUUUCUGAAAAGCCGUGUCCCUUGAAAACGUGCGCAAGCUGUAUUCCUACCUACAUGUUGCACAACUAUCUAUGCCACAUUCCCCUUCCCCACUUUUGGGGGCAAGUUUCAAGCAAACAGCACCAGUUAUCUGCUGAAGAGAAGUUGAUGGUGGCAAUUUUCUGUGGUGUCUGAAGGAAUUUCCAAUGUGUCGAACUGAGAUAAACUUUGGAGAGACGCCUUGGGAUCCCUCCCAUCCUUACCACCUUUCAUGUGGGCAUCCGCAUGUUUUCAUGUGUCUUGUGAGUAUGAGAAGGGUGACUGAAGUGAACUGAUCUCCCUUUAAAGUCCAAAUAUGAAUGAGAAAUCUUGGGUAAUGGUUUCUUCUGCUUUUUAUUGGAAUGUGUGUAUGGGCUGCGAAACCCCGUCUAGUCACCUCUACCAGAGGGAUUCAAACCUAUUUUCAAGGAAUCCAUUCUUCGUUGAUUUGUUUGUUACAAGUGAUUGCAUGUGAUACAAAGAUUCUGGAGCACAUAGACAAUUUGUGUGAAACACUGCCUAGGACUCAAUGCAGUCCUACACAAAGUAAAAUGCACCCUCUAGGUGUGAGGUCUUCAACUUCCAGAACCUUUCAGACAGCUUGGCCAUUGCUGAGAAUUCUGGGAGAUGACCACACCCUUCUGGAGGGUCACCAGAUUAAGGCAGGCUGCCAUCCUGCAUUUUCCUCUAUGUGCAUGCUCCGUGUUACAAGGGAAGUUUUGUAGAUGCAGUGACUCAUAUUUUAGCCAAGGAAGUUUCAUUAUCAUUCAUCUGUCCUUCCAGAACCAUGAGCAAUUUCUAAAGAAUGCCAUGGUUCUUUAGGACAGCAGUUUGGAAUCGAGUGGUCUAGGCAGAUAGGUUUGGUUUCUGGCACAAGGACAAUUGGAAAGCAACUGCAUAAAGCAAGAAGAAAUAAAACGCUGGGGUUAUCCUUCUCCCAGUCAAGGUAGGAAUUCAUUAUGCUAUUGGUUUUCAAGUAAAGUUGUUUGCCAUCCUGCGUUUCAUAUUUGUUGGCCAGAUCGUAAGUAGAACAAGUUCUGAUUGGACCUUCUCAUAUAACUGUGCUAAGACAAACCCAGUGAUCUGACAAGUACCAUUUACUCUGAGAAGACCCUGCAAAAGUCCCUUUAGGAGAUCUAUAUGUAUGAAUGCCAGCAUGUGAAGAAAACAGCAUCAUUUAGAGAAACAAACACAGUAUGACUCUUCCCCCCCCCCCCGUUCCAUUUAUGUCCCCCAUCUCAGUGGUGGCAAAUUUUAUUUUUAAAAUAAAAUAAAAUCCCAUUCUUGACUUUGAAAUGCAGUUAGGAUGGAUGACAUGGAACUGCAUGGGAACUUUUGGUAUCAAAGAGCAGCUCUGUUGAAAUCUGGAGAGCAUCGGUGCCCUGUCCACCUUGAUUGUACGCCUUGGCAGCUAUAAAAGCAAGAUCCAGUUACAUUGUUUUCCAGCAGGAAGGCUCAAGGAAGCAGUUAAUUGCUUGCUGCUACGUUGCUUAGAUCCUUCUACCAGAGUAGUUUUAGUUUGGAAUUUCACUUUGCUGUUUAUAACAACAUUAAAGGGAAAAAAUCCACCAGAAGGCUUUAGGAUUUCUUUAGAUGAUUAGCUGUCCCUUUUUAAUGGUUUCAUCUUUGCUCACAACUCAUUUUUAUUAGCCUACAUGUAAAUACAGAGGCACUUUUUAGUGUCCUGUAGAUAGUCAGGGGAAGUUGGGUUGUAUUUGUAAGAUAGUCAAAAAGAAAAAGAAAAGAUUUUUUCAUAAAACAUAACUGUGUUCAAAUUUGACCAAUGAAGUCUUACAUGAUUGGUAAUGGAACCACGUGAAGUCUUUUCAGAUCGGUAGGAUUUUUAACAUCAGCUGUCAUAGACACAUUGAGUGUAAUAGAAGUGCUGGAAUUUAGCAGCAGAGCCUGUUCAUCAAGGAGUUUUAAACAUGUGGUGAGAGAUCAGUGUGUAACUAAGUGUGCCCUCAAAAAUCUUUCUAAAAUUAUUGUCCUUAUGAAUGUGUCUGUAUGAUUGGUUCUUGGGCCAAUCCAUUUAACUAUCUUGCAUAAUAUUUCAUGGUGGGUUAUGUUGCCUCAUUGUUUCUCUCCUCAACUUGGUUCCUAGGGAUCUCCUAAAUCCACAGCUACACAAUUAUUGCUGAAUGUAUUGGAAAUGUAGAAACUGAGUUCACAUUUUGCCCUAAUUUAUCGUUUGAUUGAAGAUUGCUGAAUAAGCCAUGAUUUGCCGUGUUUACACUUUGCAUUGAGCCAUAAUGUGUGGUUUACAAACCACAAUGCCUGGGUUCAUGCAACCCACACUAAACCAGGGGUUCACGUGGAUGGGGCUAAGGCUAUGAUUUAGAAGGGAGUUUGGGGGUUCUUAAGGUGUGAAACUGAUGCCUUAAGUUUCUGAUGAACCCUUUCACUGCCUCUCAAACUUGUUUUUGUUUUGUUUUUUUAAAGUAAUGUUUUUUGGCUCCACCUAGUCUGGGAAGCCUCGAGGAGCCAUGUUUGAAACCAGCAUCAUUCUUGACUUCCUUCCACUUAAAUAAAGCCAAUACCAAGUGAGGGAGAAAUGCACAUUAGAAUUGGUUAGUAAGCUGUUCAGCCUCUCAUGUUUUUCCCAUAAUUCAGCAAUGUCUUUGAAUUUUUGGGAAUAGUAAAAAUGCUCCCUUCCUGAGAAGGUAUUGGGUUAUAUGGUGUACCAUGUCUUCAUAUGUACUGUUUUAAGCAUGCAUGUCAGAUUUUUCCCCUAGUGGUCCCUCCAGCUGCAUAGAGGUGUCCACAGGCUAUGUUCAAAAAAGUCAAGAUGUCAGCCACAAUGGUGCAAUCAAAGCUUUGCCCAUUUUUGUGUGUGUCAUACAUAUGCCCAUUAAAAAAUGGGUAGAACUUUGAUUGCACCAUCACAGCCAUCAUCUUAACUUUUUUGACUGUACCCUGUGGACACCACUGCUCCAGUGCAUAUUAUAAAGAGGUUUCUCACAUUCUAGUACUACUAUGUCAGCCUUCCUUCUCAGAAGAUAAAGCCAGAAUCUAAUGGCUUUGAAUUGCCUAUAAAUGUGUUCCACAUUUGAAACAAGAGUACUUGCUGGAAUUUUUGUGUUUUCAUGUCAGUCUUUUCUUGAUCGAUUGUAUUAACCCAAGUUUAAAGAGGAUUGUUCAAUUGCUGUUCUUCUCCAGUUCUGAUUUUUCUAGGGAGAGCUAACAGACAUGAAACUGAUAUAGGUACAUUUGUUAGAGAACUGGCAUCUUUUACAUUUCCCCAAUUGAUAAGAAAAUCCAGAUGUUUUGUAUUGCAUGUGAAGUAGCUUUUAAUUCAGAGAUGAAUACCUUCAGGCAAUGCUUUAAGAGAGGGGUGGACGACAUUCCAGGAGCUGAGGCUGGCAACUUGGCCUCAGAACCUUCCAGAGGGCCACAGGAAACUGUGAUGGUGUCACAAGAAAGGACUGGGCCAAAUAUUUUCAGCCCAAGGACAGGGUUUUAAGGAUGGCCAUGAAAGUUGGGGAAAGUCUUUGGAAAACCAAUCACUAUAAUUCCCCAUCCUUAAGCCACACACACCCACAAUUCUAAAAAGAGCCUAAAAUUGUGCCACUACUUUUCAAUGUCAGCUGGAUUUGGGGCUGUUUUGUUUUUUUAAUUUUAUGGAAGAUUUAAGGGUAGGAAUGGAACUUCCAAUGCCACUUUUAUAUCACCAACAAUUGGAUAUUUUGCUGCCAGAUGUUAGCAUCACACUAUCAGGUUCUUGAUGGAUCAUAAAUGGUUACUGGGGUCCAUAGAUGAGUCAUGGAUUGCCCACCCCUGCUUUAAAGAUUUCACAAACAUCUUUUUGUUGUGGUUCCACUUGUCUCUUUUGUUAUCUUGAUGGCCUCUUCUUGUGGGUUUGGACUUUAGCUAUAUUUUAAUGAUAUGUUUGGUAAUAGAGUGGAAAUUGGAAACUCCUGUGACUAACAAAACAUGCUUGCUAAGAAGAGUCAUCGCUCCAUUUUCCUUUUCCUCUUCUGUUUGCCCAGUUUCAGCAUGCAAAGAUUUGCUGCCCUUACAGAAAUCACAUAUUCUCACAUUAUUUCCCCUUUUCUAAUAUAAGUGUCCUCCUCUAGCAGUUUAUGAAGAUGAGAAUGGCUUAUCAGUACAACUCAGAAUCCAGAAAAGCUAGGCAUAUAUGAAUCUUCCUCCAUUUCUAAGGUCAGAUAAAUAAAGGGCAAGGGUCCUGUGGUGAAGAUAGAGGGAUUUAAAUGAAUUAAAUGCAGAUAAUGGGGUAAAUUGCUGCAGCUUCUAAAUUAUUAUUUUUUAAAAAAAUCAAACAACUAGCUAACUUCACAACAUGUGGGGGAAAUGGCUGAUUUUUUAUUAUUGGAGCUUGUAUUAGGAAGACAGAAUUAUUUCUUAUAGCAGCUUUUUUCUGAAGCAAAAGCAAUGCUUUAGUUAAGCUCAGAACUCAAGAGGUAUUAUCAACUUCUAGUUCCUGCUUAAAUGCUUUUCUUUCUUUCUCUGCAUAUUUUUAUGUUAGCCGACUGCCAAAUGCAUUUCUCCUGGAUGCCUCUAAGGCUUAAAUUUUGUUAAACUUGAAGGGAACUAAAGAUGACUAGUGCUUGUCAACGUGAUUCUUUCCCAACACCAUAUAUAUUUUGUUUCUUAAGUUCUUUAGAAAAUUGUAAUUACUACAAUUGGGAAACAUUUCAAUACAAAGCCCAAAUUUGCAAAACAUAUAUAAAAAUAGUGCUAGAAAACUACUAGAAAUCCUUUGCCAAACAGGAAAAUUUGGAUGGACAGGGUGACCAAGAGAUGAGGAAGAAAUGGAGGUUUUGCACAUAGAUUUUUUAACAUCACUGCCUUAAAAAAAUAUCACUGCGUUUAUCUCCAAGGUCUUGGGCAUAUUUCUGUAGCAUUAACACAAUUGUUGGAUCCUCUUUUGACACCAUUUUUAUUCAUGUCAAAUUGUAAAACAGGAUACAAUGGUAGGAGAAGCACUAAAAUUCUAGCCAGUAAUAUGCAUACAGAAUUCAGAUAUUAAGGACUAAAGUUGUAUGACCCAGAAUUUGAUGCCCUUGCUUAGAAUAAUGUUUGCUGAUCAGCACUCAGUAAUGCCUAGUCAUGAUUCAAAGCUUGUUGCAGAACAAGCUGCUGCAGAACAAGACUGUGAGAUUUCGAAGACUCUUUGAUUCAAGACCCACUGGCUAUUUGGUUUAAAAAAGCCAUUUUUAUGAAGCACCAUCCGGUGUCCGUGGCUUCUGCAACAAAUUAGUGUAGACUGAGUUUUGUAUAGUCAAAGAAGCAACAUUUGCUUGAAGUGCAUCAUGUGGGAAAUCAUAGGAGGUAGAGCAACUACUUUAUCCUCUGUGAUUUCUCCACCUGCCAGGUCAAGCGUAGUAAUUAAUUGUAUGUUUUAUACUAUAGGUCUUAGCUGAAUAUUUCAUUAAAGAUCACCACCUACCAGACAAUCCUCUAAAUUAAAUGUUCACUGAGUCCAUGAAAUUAUUAGUGAUUAAUGCAGUAUCAUUUUUAUGGAUCAUUCCUAUAGCUCUUUAGAUGGUGUGUGUAAAUCAGCUGCCAGAGAAAUAUAUUCAGUGGAAAAAUCAUUAAUACUGAAAGAGCUUUCCAGAAAGAUAAGUUGUCCCUUACUAGCUGAUCUAACUCUAAAAUAUGUUGUUACCGUGCACAUGCAUGAAUUUUGAUUGAGUGAUCCAAGGGAAUGUUAUGUUGUAUCCUGUGAGCCUCCUGAAGGGCACCAGUGCCAGCUUAACCCAUGCACCACAAGACUGGAGAAUGUAGUCUAGAAUAGCCUUCCUCAAUCUACUGCAACCCAAUUGUGCUGGUUCUGCUGACUCUGGAUGACGGGAGCCAUGGCCAACUUAGCUUGAAUGCACUGGGUUGAGAAGAAGGCUCUAGAACAUCUUUCAGACCAUUUGAGAACGUCUUGGCCAUUCUCAAAGCCACCUUCCCUAAUCACAGCAAGUGGAAAAAUUGUGCAAAGAACAAUGAUACAUCCUGCAUGUGUUGUCUACCAGCAAAUAGCCCCCCAAAUAGUAAUAAAACAAGUCCAAAACAGGAAUGUUAGAAAAACAUUCAUGGAUUUCCUGCAGGCAGUGAAGGCUGAAGAUAAUGGUGGCCAGGGCAAAACCCAUGCCCUCUUUUUUUGUCCUUUCCUGCCACCAAUUUGCAUUGUCACCUUCUUGCCAAGUAGGCUUUUAAAACUGAAUCAAGAGACAUUUUCAAUUAAAUUGGGAAGCACAGGUUGCUCACCAUGAAUUCCCAUAAAUCUUUAUCCUGAACUUAUAAAACCAAAUUCUCGGUGGGGGGGGGGGGCAGGCGGGGCAAAUACUCCUGCAUUGUUCCAAGUUAAGAUCAAAUACGACCUUUAACCAUUUUGAGUGAUCUUUAAAGAUAGCUUGCAAGCAUUCAAACUAUUGUGUAUAUGACCCAUUCGCU